AAACAUUAAAAUCUGUAUCUUUAAAAGGAGGGUUCAUGUUUAAGCCAAAUCAUUUUUUUGGAAAACCUAUUUUAUGAUAUUAACGUUUUUGUCACAUAAUUUUACUUUGAAAGGUCGGGAACUGGCAGUGACCCGGAUGUGUAUUACGGCGCCAUCUUGGAUCAAAGACAGCAGAUUACUAUCCGAACAGUUAGUGUUUAGACUCCGUUAAAGCGGGUUAAAGCGGGUUAAAGCGAGUUAAACCAGGAACCUUUGUGUCGGGAGAGUGGCGUGAGGCUGGUGAUGGACCGGGCCGAGCGCGCGACCGUGAUGGACCGGGCCGAGCGCGCGACCGAGACGUUUGUGAGUCAGACGGAGCUGAUUCUGGAGGCGGCGGUGCAGUCCGCCGUGCACGAGCUGCACGAGGACAGCACGGCCCAGGUGUCGGCCGUCCUGGCCCUGAUGAGCAGGGCGGCCCUCCGCCAGCUGGUCCAGGUGUUCAGAGCGCUGUACGCCGGCCUGGUGAAGGAGAACCAGGAGCUGCAGGAGAGACUGGCUCAUCUGGAGGACAAACAGAAGACACAGACAGUUUAUCAGAUCAAACAUUCAGGUGGCGCUGCGCUGUCUCUGAACGUUAACCAAUCAGCUGCUGACCCCGCCGCCCUCGCCAUGGCGAUCAUCCGCACCGCCAGACGCAGAGCAGCCGCCUCUCCGGUUCCUCUGGUCAUCAUCAGCCAGCCAAUCACAGGCCUGAUCAGCCCCACCCCCCGGGAACCGCCGGAGAAACAAGGACAAUCUGAGGCUAAUGCUAACGCUAACACCACGGCUGACGCUAAAGCCCCGGCUAGCGCUAACACCACGGCAGAUGCUAACGCCCCAGCUAAUGUUAACACCACGGCUGACGCUAAAGUCCUGGCUAACGCUAACACCACGGCUGAAGCUAACUGCACGGCUAACGCUGACACCACGGCUGACGCUAAAGCCCUGGCUAAUGCUAAUGCCACGGCUAACGCUAACGGCACAGCGGAUGCGAGUCAGACUGAUGUUCAGAUGGAGGUGGAGAUAGAAACCAUCUCCACAGACAUGAUGACAUCACUUCCUGUGGCUGCUGACCAGCCAACCAGAGAGCUUACAGCUGAGUCAGAAGCCCCGCCCACAUGUGAAGCUGCUGCUGAAACAGAAAUAAAGAUGGAAAUGGUUGAACAGACUGUGACAGCAGUGAGUGAGUCGGACCAGAAGGAUCUGGAGAGGAAGCGGCGGAGGGAUCUGUACAAAGAGAAGCGGUUCUUCUGCGAGCUGUGUAACAAAGGUUUCCACCAGCAGCACCAGCUGAAGAAGCACGGGGCGUGCCACCUGAAGCCGUUCCCCUGCAGCGCCUGCGAUAAAGGUUUCUACAAAGCCAGCAGCCUGCAGCGCCACCAGCGCAGCCACGCGCUGCAGGCGGCGCAGGCCAGCGACCCCGACAGGAUGCUGCGCUGCGAGCGCUGCGGCAAGAAGUUCCGGCAGGCGCGCCAGCUCCGAGCGCACCAGGCGUCGCACCGGCUGCAGGAAACGCCGCUGCAGUGCAGCAUCUGCCAGCGCAGCUACAGCUCGGCCGCCGCGCUGCGCUACCACCAAGUCUCGCACGCUCAGGUGAAGCCCUUUAUGUGUGACGUCUGUGGGAAAGGCUUCACCAGGAAGAAGAGUCUGCGUGAACACACGACGGUGCACACGGGCGCCCGGCCGUACCCCUGCACCACCUGCGGGAAACGCUUCUCCACCGCCAGCAACCUGCGCGUGCACAAGCGCUCGCACUCGGACGAGCGGCCGUUCCCGUGUAGCGAGUGUGACAAAGCCUUCAAGAGUAAGAUGGGGCUGCUGCAGCACCGCGUGGUCCACUCGGGGGAGAAGCCCUUCAUAUGUCAGACCUGCGGCCUCAGCUUUGGUCUCAAGUACAACUUCCAGAGACACCUGCGGCUGCACAGCGGGGAGAAACCUCUCAGGUGUGCUAAAUGUGGCGAGGGCUUCUCGGGGACGUGGGCUCUGAAGAAGCACAUGCUGGUCCACGGCGUGGAGAAACCCUUCAUGUGCGACCUGUGUGGGAAGACCUUCUUCUACAACUGCCAACUGCAGAAGCACCAGACGCUGGUGCACGCCGCCCGGGAGCGGCCAGCGCUGGCGGGCGGCGUGGCAGCCGCCCGGCGACGCAGAGCCAGCGGCGGGAAGCCUCUGAGCUGCGGCGUGUGUCUGAAGAGCUUCAGCAGCAGCAGCACGCUGCGAACGCAUCAGAAGAUCCACGCAGACAACAAGGAGUUCAGCUGCGAGCGCUGCGGGAAGGCCUUCCACCUGCGCCACCUCUUCCUGUACCACCUGCGCACACACAGCGGCGAGCGGCCGCACGCCUGCACCGUGUGCAGCAAGGGCUUCCUGCUGGCCUCGCAGCUGAAGCAGCACGCCAUGCUGCACACCGGCGAGAAGCCGCACAAGUGCCCGACCUGCGGAAAAGCCUUCCGCACGCCGCAGAACUACCACCGCCACCGGCUGGUGCACACCGGAGAGAAGCCCUACGAGUGCGCCGUGUGCAGCAGGAAGUUCCGCCAGUCCAACCAGCUGAAGUCGCACAUGCAGAUCCACACGGGCGUGAAGCUGUACGCCUGCCAGCGCUGCGGGGGCGGCUUCUCCGACUCGCGGCAGCUGAAGAAACAUCGCUGCGGAGACGAGAGUCAGACAGACGCAAAGCAGACUAACGUCUUCCAGUGGAGCGAUGGCUUCACGCAGCAAUAACACACGCAGCGUUAGCCUAGCUUAGCAUAAAGACUGGACGAGCUUCACGCAGCAUAGCACACAGCGUUAGCCUAGCGAAAAGACUGGAAACAGUGGAGCGAUGGCUUCACGCAGCAAUAGCACACACAGCGUUAGCCUAGCUUAGCAUAAAGACUGGAAACAGUGGAGCAUUGGCUUCACCCAGCAGUAACACGUGCAGCGUUAGCCUAGCUUAGCAUAAAGACUGGAAACAGUGGAGCGAUGGCUUCAGCCAGCAAUAACACACACAGCGUUAGCCUAGCUUAGCAUAAAGACUGGAAACAGUGGAGCGAUGGCUUCACGCAGCAAUAGCACACACAGCGUUAGCCUAGCUUAGCAUAAAGACUGGAAACAGUGGAGCCAUGGCUUCACGCAGCAAUAACACACGCAGCGUUAGCCUAGCUUAGCAUAAAGAAGGAUAAAUGUGUGGGUUAUUUUUUGGAUGGCUGGAUAAAUUAAGGACAUGAAGAAUGGAUUAUUUUCAUUAGUGAUUUAUUAUAAAUGUCUAUAUUUAAAUACAAAGUGAGAUGAAUGUCUUCUUUAUUUUUAAUAUUUAAUAAGACUGUUAUAAAUGACUUCACUCUGUUUCUGUCUCUCUGGAGUUUACUCACACAGCGGGGAAAGUAACUAAGUACUUUUACUCCAGUUCAGUUACUUUAUACUUCACUACGUUGACCGUUAUUGUUCCAGUGAAUAAAAUAUUAUGGUAUUGAUAAGUUCA